AUGUCCGACCCCACGGUCGAGAAGGUGGCCGACGCCUCUGCGCCGGCCAAGGAGAUCACUCCCGAGCCCGAAAAGAAGAAGAGAGAGUACAAGGAUUUUGGCGAGGAGGAUGAAAAGCCCACCCACGCCAAGGUUGAUAUGUCUCAGAUCCAACUCAAGGCUGAGGACCUCUACGACAAGGAGAAGGUCGACCUCGAGACCAUCGUCGUCGACGACGUCUUCAAGUUGCUUCAGUGCGACGAGAACGGUCUGACGGAUGAGGAAGCCAACCGCCGUCUUGAGCUCUUCGGCCCCAACAGGCUCGAGAGCGAGGAGCAGAACCCCUUCCUCCAGUUUCUCUCCUUUAUGUGGAACCCGCUCUCCUGGGUCAUGGAAGCCGCCGCCCUCGUCGCCAUCGCUUUGUCCAACGGCGAGUCUCGUCCCCCCGACUGGCAGGACUUCGUCGGUAUCGUCACCCUCCUGCUCAUCAACUCCGGUAUCGGCUUCUACGAGGAACGCAAUGCGGGUAACGCCGUCAAGGCGCUCAUGGACUCGCUGGCUCCCAAGGCUCGUGUCAAGCGCGCGGGCCAGUGGCGCGAGAUCGAGUCGGCCCAGCUCGUCCCCGGUGAUAUGAUUGCCUUCAAGAUUGGUGACAUUGUCCCCGCCGACUGCCGUCUCACCGAGGCCAUCAACGUUUCUAUCGACCAGGCUGCUCUCACCGGCGAGUCCCUUCCCCAGAGCAAGAAGACCGGCGACCAGUGCUUCUCCGGCUCUACCUGCAAGCAGGGCGAGGCCGAGGGUGUCGUCAUCUCCACUGGUCCCAACACGUUCUUCGGUCGCGCCGCCAACCUCGUCGGUCAGGACGACGACACCACCGGUCACUUGCAGAAGAUUCUCGCCCAGAUUGGGUCCUUCUGCUUGGUCGUCAUCGGUAUCUUCGUCGUUGCGGAGAUCCUCACCCUCUACGCCGGCUUCCGUUACUCCUACCGCCGCGGUCUCGACAACAUCCUCGUCCUCCUCAUUGGUGGUAUCCCCAUCGCUAUGCCCACUGUCCUGUCCGUCACGCUCGCCGUCGGCGCCCAGCAGCUCGCGAAGUACAAGGCCAUUGUCACCCGUAUCACUGCCAUUGAGGAGCUCGCCGCCGUCACUAUUCUGUGUUCGGACAAGACUGGUACGCUCACGACCAACAAGCUUACCAUCGACCGUGACACGAUCCGCACCUACGGUCCCUUCUCGGCGGAGGAUGUCGUCCUUCUCGCCGCGUACGCCUCGCGCACGGAGAACCAGGACGCCAUCGACUCUUGCGUCGUCGGUGCUAUCGGCGAUGCUUCCCGCGCUCGUGCUGGCAUCAAGCUCCUCGACUUCAAGCCCUUCAACCCCGUUGACAAGCGUACCGAGAUCACCUACCGUGAGGAGUCCUCCGGCAAGCUCAAGCGCGUCACCAAGGGCAUGACCGGUAUCAUCAUCGAGCUCUGCACGCGCAACAAGACUGACGAGCUCGAGAACCGUCUCGAGGCCGACGUCGAGGAGUUCGCCCAGCGCGGUCUCCGUGCGCUCGCGGUCGCGUACGAGGAGGUUGACGGCGACGAUUUCGAGGCUGAGGGCAACGGGUUCGAGCUUAUCGGUCUCCUUGCUAUCUUCGACCCGCCUCGUGAGGACACCAAGCAGACAAUCGACGAUGCCAUGGCUCUUGGCGUCAAGGUCAAGAUGGUCACCGGUGACCAGCUCGCUAUCGCGAAGGAGACCGGCCGUCGUCUCGGACUCGGCGACCACAUGUACCCGGCUAAAGUUCUCAAGGACGGCCCCGACCCCAGCUCGCGUUUCCGGUCCCUCGACGAGAUGAUCCUCGACGCGGAUGGCUUCGCCGGUGUCUUCCCCGAACACAAGUACGAGAUCGUCAAGCGUCUCCAGGCUCUCGGCCACCUUUGCGCCAUGACCGGUGACGGUGCCAACGAUGCUCCCGCUCUGUCCCGCGCCAACGUCGGUAUCGCCGUCGAAGGUGCCACCGACGCCGCCCGCUCUGCCGCCGACAUUGUCCUCACUGAGCCCGGUCUGUCCACCAUCGUCCACGCCAUCCGCGGUUCCCGUGUCAUCUUCCAGCGCAUGCGCAACUACGCCAUCUACGCCUGCGCCGUCACCAUCCGUAUCGUCGUCUGCUUCGCCAUCCUCGCGUUCGCCUUCAAGUUCGACUUCCCGCCGUUCAUGGUUCUGAUCAUCGCUCUCCUUAACGAUGGUACCAUCAUGACCCUCUCCGUCGACCGUGUCCUCCCGUCGAACACUCCGGAUAGCUGGGAUCUUACCGAGAUCUUCGCGUACGCCGUCGCGUACGGUCUUUACCUCACCCUCUCUACCAUCGCGCUCGUUGCGAUCAUCAUCCGCACCACCUGGUUCCACGACAUGUUCGGUGUCACUCUCGCCAACGGUCUGACGUCCGCGGCGAGCGACCACAACGACCCUCAGCUUCACUCGAUCGUCUACCUCCAGGUCGCCAUCAUCUCGCAGGCCCUCAUUUUCAUCACCCGUUCGCACGGCUUCUUCUUCAUGGAGCGUCCGUCGUACGCCCUGAUGGGCGCGUUCUGUGUUGCGCAGUUGAUCUCGACGAUCAUUGCUGUGUAUGGCGAUUGGGGCUUCACCAAGGUUCAAGGUAUCUCAGGUGGCUGGGUUGGUAUCGUCUGGGUCUGGGACAUCAUCUGGUUCUUCCCCCUCGACCUGAUCAAGUUCGCGAUGAAGGCAACGAUCAUCAAGUCCCUCCGCGCUCGUCACGAGGCCGCCGUCGCCGAGCAGGCCAAGGAGUCUGGUGUUCCGAUGACUCGUACGACCUCGCGCGCCGCGUCCCUCCACGAGUCGCUCUACUCGAACCGUGUCUCGUUCAUCCGUCGCGCCGCCCGCAAGGUUGGUUUCGGCCAAAAGAUCUCGAUGAAGCCCGAGGAACUCCAGCGCUUCAGCUCCAUCCAGGCCGCGCGCACUGGUACCGUUCUCGCGCGCAACCCCUCCCGCCCCUCGUAG